AUGGACUCUCCUGAGUUUCUCAAAGUGGUACUACUAGGCGACUCCGGCGUGGGAAAGACCUGUCUACGUGCACAGUUUGUUCACCAUAUCUUCACUAAUGCAUACAAAGCGACCAUUGGUGGUGACUAUUUGACCACUAGUAUCGAGAUACCAAAAGGGAAAGCUCCUGAAUCGAACGAGUCUAUACGUUCUGGACCAGAUUAUGACGAACCAAAAAAGGUCAGUUUACAGGUUUGGGAUACGGCCGGCCAAGAGAGAUUCAACUCGAUAUCUCUGGCUUUUUAUAGAGGCGCAGAUGUGUGUGUUCUAGUGUACGAUGUGACCAAUUACGAGUCGGUAUUGAGUUUGAGAGACUGGUUCUCCAGAUUUAUAGAACACUGCAAAGUCGAUAAACCAGGAGUCAUAAUUGUUGGGAAUAAGAUCGACAAAACAAACGAAAGAUGCAUUGACAAGGACGAGAUACAAGAGGUUCUUUGUCGUAAUGACCCAAAAGUUAAUCUUAACGACUAUGUUGCAAAUUGGGACACAGACUUGAUAGAGAUUACAUGCAAACAACUUCUGCUAGUGGAGAUGGUGUUUCGAAGAGCUGCUUGUGUAGGGGUGCAAAUCUCAAGCCGACGUAGACCAAGUGUGACAGGAUUCGACUCAAUCGAGUUGAACAAGAUACGUACUUGGUCAUGCUCUUGUUGA